UAGACAAGAUAACUUGAGUAUUUUAAAUCCUCAACUAGUAAAAUCGCCAAAAUCGGUACAGAGUGAGAUUGAGUGUAGAUCGACUAUGGCGGAGGUUGUGAAAGACGGCGUCUGGGAACAGGCGUUAUCGCGUAAACGAGUGGCAAAACAAAGGAAAAAUCAAAACCGCUUUGUGGGACAUCGGGGCAAAGCCGAAGCCCUGCUGCAAGGGAAAUUCAGAGCAGCGGAGCUGACGAUACCUUUGUUUAUAUCUAAUGUUCACAAGGAUACUUUGGAGGAUGAUAUCGUUGAACACAUUAGAGCGAAAACAAAUACUACAAUCAAGUUAUUGAAGAUUAACAUGCAAGACAAACAAAAGAGCCAUAAUGCCUACAAAUUAUACGUGCCGAGCGAUAAAAUGAGAAUAUUUCUAGACGCCAAGACUUGGCCUGAAGGCAUUAUAUUUCGUCGUUUUGUGCAUUUCAAGCACAGAAAUAUAAACAGAGGCAACUCUGAGGGAGCUAACACUGUGACGUAAUAUUAAUGGGAAAUAGUAGAACAUGUACAUUUAUAAGUUUUAAUUGUAAGAGCGUAAAAAGAUCGGUAGAUAGCAUACGUGAAUUAUGUGCCUUUGCGGAUAUCAUCGGAAUUCAGGAGACGUGGCUGCUCCCAAAUGACAUACCGUUUCUUUCCACUAUACAUGAGGACUUCGCGUAUACAGCUACAUCGGCAGUUGACACUUCAGCGGGGAUGCUCAGAGGAAGACCCCACGGCGGCGUCGCGUUGCUAUGGAGAAAGAGUCUGUUUCCAUCGGCGAGUGUAGUGGAGUGUAACAACAACAGGAUUUGUGGUAUUCAAAUUAAUGUAGGCUCUAAGCGCGUUGUGAUAUUCAGUGUGUAUAUGCCAACCGAUUCCGCUGAAAAUUUGCCAAUCUUUGUGGAGUGUGUGAGUACUUUACAUGCUAUUAUUGAGGACAGCGAGGUAGAAGCCGCUUAUGUAUUAGGGGAUUUCAAUGCCCACCCUAAUGAACCCUUUCACAAUGAACUUAUGAGUUUGUGUGAGGACAGUCAGUGGAUUUGUGCAGACCAAGAAAUGCUUGGGCUCGACACCGGUACUUAUACAUAUGUGAGUGAUAGUCAUGGAUGUGAGCGUUGGCUGGACCACUGUGUUGUGACCCAGGCGGCCUGGUCUACUAUUUCUAAAAUAUAUGUAAUGCAUAAUGUUUACUGGUCUGACCAUUUUCCGCUAGUCAUUGAAUGUAACUUGGAUGUGACCCAUUCAAAAAUAUAUAAUUGUAAUGUUGACAGGUCAAAAGUUUUCUGGGGUGACAAACAACCUAGUGAUAUUAUUAAAUAUGAAUGUAAAUGUAAUGAUUUGCUAAAAGGUAUUGACUUUCCUACACAGCUCAGUGAAUGUGCAGAUAGUUGUUGUUAUGUCAGUAAUGACAACCUGCAUAGGGAAGUUAUUAAUAAGUUGUAUAGUGACAUCAUUUGUGCCCUUAGUUCGGCCUCUGUGUUAUGUACAAGUGACUCGCAAAAUAGGAAAAAUAAACACAUUAUGGGUUGGAAUAAACAUGUGGGUGAGGCUCACAGAGAGGCCAGGCUUAGAUUUCAGACCUGGGUGGCUAGUGGAAAACCCCGUUCUGGCCAAUUAUACGAGACCAUGUGUACAGGAGACAUAGCGAAGCUGGCCAAUUAUAGGCCAAUUUCUCUGGCAACUGUAGUAGCUAAGGUGUUCGACGCGGUGCUUGAUGCUGAGUUAGAUAGAUAUAUACGAAUCAGUGAUGCGCAGUUUGGGUUUCGACCUAAACUAUCUACUGAGAGCGCGAUACUGGGCCUCAAGCACACCGUCGAAUACUAUACACAGCGGAAGACUCCUAUAUAUGCAUGUUUCCUGGAUCUAUCCAAGGCGUUCGAUCUGGUUAAUUAUGAGCUCUUGUGGGCCAAGUUAAAAAAGGCGGGGGUCCCUAUGGAUAUUGUGCAUAUACUUAGGAGUUGGUACUUGUGUCAAGUUAAUGUUGUCAGAUGGGGUAAAGAAGUGUCAGAGGAAUACAGGUUGGAGUGCGGAGUGAGACAGGGUGGGAGAACGUCUCAUAAGCUCUUCAACCUGUACAUUAAUGCUCUCAUCGAGGAGCUCAGCAGCAUACAUGUCGGCUGCCAUAUUAGCGGAGUAUGUAUGAAUAAUAUUAGCUAUGCUGACGACAUGGUGCUGUUGAGUCCCUCGCCGGGAGGACUUGAAAUACUGCUGAAGCUUGUGGGCUAA